GCGCGCGCCUCCUAUCCAGCCGGCCGCCGCGCUCCGCCGCGCGGAGUAGAAUGAACUGUAACAAAACAAGCAGAGCCUUUGUAUCUGCUUAAAGGGGCCGCGGCCACUUCCCUCGCGUCCCCUCACCCCCGCCCCGCGCCGCCGCGUCUCCAGGGCUCCCGGCAACUAGCUUGGAAAGGGCUUCCCUCGCGCUGAGGAGCGGCCGGCCGGCGCGGAGCAGGCGCGGCGCGUGUGGAGAAAGCUGCGGAGCGGAGAGCGGGCCCGGGCGGCGUCGGAGUGGACUCUGGUCCCGGGAGCGCGAUCGGCGCCGGAACGCGGACCCGGAGGCACCGGAAUGCAAACAAAGCUCGCGGGCGCCUGUGCAGGGCUCUCAACGGAGCCCGGAAAGUUUGUUUUAUGAUGGCUUGAGAGCGCGAGAGAGUCGGGCGAGGAGGCUCGAGUAGCUCGCUCCCGCGCUCCGAGAGAUGCUUCUCCCGUGAGCCCGCCGCUCCGGGGGCUCGUGCUGUGGGGGCACCUGUCUCUCGUUUUAGCAGUUUUCUUUCUUUUCUUUUUCUUUAAUUUUAAUUUUUCUUUUGAGGAGGGGCUGUAACUCAUCAUGUCGAAAGUGAUCCAGAAGAAGAACCACUGGACUGGCCGCGUUCACGAAUGCACCGUGAAGCGGGGACCCCAGGGCGAGCUGGGGGUGACGGUGCUGGGGGGCGCGGAGCAUGGGGAGUUUCCGUACGUGGGGGCGGUGGCGGCGGCCGAGGCGGCGGGGCUUCCCGGCGGUGGCGAGGGACCGAAGCUGGCUGAAGGUGAGCUGCUGCUGGAGGUGCAGGGGGUCCGGGUGUCCGGCUUGCCCCGCUAUGACGUGCUGGGAGUCAUCGACAGCUGCAAGGAGGCCGUCACCUUCAAAGCCGUCAGACAAGGAGGAAGACUCAACAAGGACCUGCGACAUUUCCUCAACCAACGGUUCCAGAAGGGGUCUCCGGAUCAUGAACUCCAGCAGACCAUAAGGGACAACCUCUACCGCCAUGCCGUGCCUUGCACAACCCGGUCUCCCAGAGAAGGAGAAGUGCCUGGCGUCGAUUACAGCUUUCUGACCGUGAAGGAGUUCCUGGACCUCGAGCAGAGUGGGACCCUGUUGGAAGUCGGCACCUAUGAAGGAAACUAUUAUGGGACACCCAAACCUCCCAGCCAGCCAGUCAGUGGGAAAGUGAUCACGACGGAUGCCUUGCACAGCCUUCAGUCUGGCUCCAAGCAGUCGACCCCUAAGCGAACAAAAUCCUACAAUGAUAUGCAAAAUGCUGGCAUAGUCCACACGGAGAAUGAGGAAGAGGAGGAUGUUCCUGAAAUGAACAGUAGCUUCACAGCCGACUCUGGAGACCAGGACGAGCCCAUUCUCCAAGAAGCGACGCUCCCGCCUGUGAAUAGUAGCGCCCUUGCUGCUCCCAUCACGGACCCUUCUCAGAAGUUCCCUCAGUACCUACCUCUUUCUGCAGAGGAUAAUUUAGGUCCUCUACCUGAAAACUGGGAGAUGGCCUAUACUGAAAAUGGAGAAGUCUAUUUUAUAGACCACAACACGAAAACAACAUCAUGGUUAGACCCUCGGUGCCUGAACAAACAGCAGAAGCCUCUGGAAGAAUGUGAAGAUGAUGAAGGGGUACACACCGAGGAGCUGGACAGUGAACUAGAGCUGCCUGCUGGCUGGGAAAAGAUUGAAGACCCUGUCUACGGUGUCUACUAUGUAGACCACAUCAACAGGAAGACGCAAUAUGAAAACCCAGUCCUAGAAGCCAAAAGGAAGAGACAGCUUGAACAGCAGCAGCAGCAGCAGCAGCAGCACCAGCAGCAGCCGCAGCAGCCUCAGCCACCGCAGCCAGAAGAGUGGACAGAAGAUCAUGCAUCUGUUGUGCCUCCUGUUGCUCCUUCCCAUCCCCCGAGCAACCCGGAGCCAGCCAGGGAAGCUCCACUUCAGGGCAAACCUUUUUUUACAAGAAAUCCCUCUGAGCUGAAAGGCAAGUUCAUUCACACAAAGCUACGGAAAAGCAGUCGAGGCUUUGGCUUCACGGUGGUUGGAGGGGACGAACCUGAUGAGUUCCUGCAGAUCAAGAGCCUUGUCCUAGAUGGUCCUGCUGCACUGGAUGGCAAGAUGGAGACAGGAGAUGUAAUCGUCAGUGUGAAUGACACCUGUGUUUUGGGACACACACAUGCUCAAGUUGUGAAAAUUUUCCAGUCCAUUCCCAUUGGUGCCAGUGUGGACCUUGAACUCUGCAGAGGUUAUCCAUUGCCUUUUGACCCGGAUGACCCUAACACAAGUUUAGUGACCUCGGUGGCCAUUUUGGACAAAGAACCAAUAAUUGUAAAUGGACAAGAGACCUAUGAUUCACCAGCAAGCCACAGUAGUAAAACGGGCAAAGUCAGCACCAUGAAGGAUGCCAGGCCAAGCAGCCCCGCAGACGUGGCUUCCAACAGUUCUCAUGGGUAUCCCAACGACACAGUCUCCUUGGCUUCCUCCAUAGCCACCCAGCCAGAGCUAAUAACCGUUCACAUAGUCAAAGGGCCAAUGGGAUUUGGCUUUACGAUCGCAGAUAGUCCCGGUGGGGGUGGCCAAAGAGUGAAGCAGAUUGUUGACAGUCCGCGCUGCAGAGGCCUCAAAGAAGGGGAUCUGAUUGUGGAGGUGAAUAAGAGGAACGUGCAGGCCCUGACGCACAAUCAAGUCGUGGAUAUGCUGAUUGAGUGUCCAAAGGGAAGUGAGGUCACACUGUUGGUGCAGCGAGGAGGGCUACCAGUUCCCAAGAAGAGUCCAAAGUCGCAGCCACUGGAGAGGAAAGACAGCCAGAACAGCUCCCAGCACAGUGUGUCCAGCCUCCGGAGCCUGCACACAGCUUCCCUGAGCCACAGCGCACAGGUGCUCCCUGAGUACCCACCUGCAGACGUCCCUGCUCCAGAUCAGACCGACAGCUCUGGGCAGAAAAAGCCAGAUCCCUUUAAAAUCUGGGCCCAGUCGAGGAGCAUGUAUGAAAACCGACCUAUGUCACCUUCGCCUGCGUCAGGAUUGAGCAAGGGUGAAAGAGACAGAGAGAUCAAUUCCACGAAUUUUGGAGAAUGUCAGAUUCCAGAUUACCAGGAGCAGGACAUCUUCCUCUGGAGAAAAGAGACGGGAUUUGGAUUUAGGAUUCUGGGUGGAAAUGAGCCAGGGGAACCCAUUUAUAUCGGUCACAUCGUACCACUGGGUGCUGCUGACACAGACGGCCGCCUGAGGUCUGGAGAUGAAUUAAUCUGUGUGGAUGGGACACCAGUAAUUGGGAAAUCACACCAGCUCGUGGUCCAGCUUAUGCAACAAGCUGCCAAGCAAGGCCACGUCAAUCUCACAGUGAGGCGUAAAGUGGUGUUUGCCGUCCCCAAAGCAGAGAACGAGGUGCCCUCACCAGCCUCAUCGCACCACAGUAGCAACCAGCCGGCGUCCCUGACGGAAGAGAAGCGCACACCGCAGGGCAGCCAGAACUCGCUGAACACCGUGAGCUCAGGCAGCGGCAGCACCAGCGGCAUUGGCAGUGGUGGCGGCGGAGGCAGCGGCGUGGUGAGCGCUGUGCUGCAGCCAUAUGAUGUGGAGAUUCGGCGUGGGGAGAACGAGGGCUUUGGGUUUGUCAUCGUGUCCUCCGUGAGCAGGCCUGAAGCGGGCACCACCUUCGCAGGCAAUGCAUGUGUGGCUAUGCCUCACAAAAUAGGUCGGAUUAUUGAGGGGAGCCCUGCUGACCGCUGUGGCAAGCUGAAAGUAGGAGACCGGAUCUUGGCAGUAAAUGGAUGUUCCAUCACCAACAAAUCCCAUUCUGACAUUGUCAACCUAAUCAAAGAAGCAGGCAACACAGUGACUCUCCGCAUCAUCCCCGGGGAUGAGUCCUCCAAUGCCACACUGCUGACUAAUGCGGAGAAGAUCGCCACCAUCACCACCACCCAUGCCCCCUCACAACAGGGGACCCAGGAAGCAAGGACCACCACCAAACCAAAGCCGGAUUCUCAGUUUGAGUUCAAAGGCCCGCAGGCUGCACAGGAGCAAGAUUUUUACACUGUGGAAUUGGAAAGAGGAGCCAAGGGAUUUGGCUUUAGUCUUCGAGGAGGGCGAGAGUAUAACAUGGACCUUUAUGUUCUGCGCUUAGCAGAGGAUGGUCCUGCAGAAAGAUGCGGAAAGAUGAGGAUUGGCGAUGAAAUUCUAGAGAUCAAUGGUGAGACCACCAAAAACAUGAAACACUCUCGGGCCAUAGAACUGAUCAAGAAUGGCGGUCGCAGAGUCCGUCUGUUUCUGAGGCGGGGAGACGGCUCGGUCCCAGAAUAUGACCCCAGCAGCGACAGGAACGGCCCCUCCCCCGGUGCACAAGGUGUUCCGGAAGUGAGGCUGGGGCCACCGGACCACAGAUCACAUCCAGCCUUGGAGUCCAGUUACCCACCAGAUCUUCACAAAUCAUCACAACAUGCCGAAAAGCGAGCACACGCGAAGGAUCCAAAAGGCAACAGGGAGCACAGCAAACAGCCCAACGAACAUCACACCUGGAAUGGAACUUCUAGAAAACCCGACAGUGGGGCAUGCCGGCCCAAAGACCGGCCACCCGACACAUGGAGAGAGGCGCAGCCAGAACGGACAGCCACCAAUGGCCCAAAGAGGAGGUCUCCGGAGAAGCGCAGGGAAGGCACCCGCAGUGCUGACAACACUUUGGAAAGAAGGGAGAAGCAUGAGAAGAGAAGAGAGAUGUCUCCUGAGAGGAAGCGAGAGCGGUCACCCACCCGGAGAAAAGACAGCUCCCCGAGCCGCCGGCGGAGGUCCCUCGAAAGACUCCUGGAUCAAAGAAGGUCCCCAGAGCGCAGAAGAGGGGGCUCGCCCGAGAGGAGAGCAAAGUCCACCGACAGGAGGAGGGCCAGGUCCCCAGAGCGCAGGCGAGAGCGGUCACUGGACAAAAGGAACCGAGACGACAAAGUUGGCCACCGAGAAAGGGAAGAGGCUGGUCUGAAGCUGGAAGGCGGGAGAAGCCCCAGAAAUCCCCCAGAGCAGAGAAGGCGGCCUUACAAAGAAUGUAGCACCGACCUCAGCAUCUGAGACUCAGAGCGUUGCAACCUUUACCGUGUCAAAGGUUCUAAGAGGAAGGUCGCAAAAUGAAAUAAUUUAGUUUCUUACCUGAGGAAGCAUUGACACCUGGUAGUCCUAAGAAUAGUAACAGACAUUUUAUGCAUCUGAAAUCUUAUAAGGAAAAAAAUAUAUAUGAAAAGUCUUGUGCCUGAUGUAUAAUAUUAAAGAAAGUAUUUUUAAAUGCAUACUUUUUUUUUUUUUUGAAAAUUAUUUGCCAAAAUACUGGCCCAAAGGGAUAUAUACAUUUUGUUUCUUCACAAGCUAUAGAGUUGUUCCUUCUUUGGGGCAAACUCUUUCUUUCCUAAAUAAACGGGGCUGUUGGUCAUGUCCUAUAAGUAAAUGCAGUUAAAUUUAACUCAGUAUAAACUGUUUUGAAGUGACAUAGUGCUGUACUGUAAGCCCCUGUUUUUCUGAAAAGCAGAACACAGAAACAUACAGACUGAGAAUCUUUUAGGAUGGAUUAGGGUGGCCAUUGAGCCUAAAAUUCAGCCAACUAUGGGACAAGAAUACUACUGCAAAUGAAGGAUAUUUAUGACUACAGUGCACGGCACUAGGAAACCUUAUGAUCUUGAGGUAUAAUUGGUAUAGUCAAAGAACGGUUUGUGCUCUCCCUGGCCCAGAAAGGUGCAGAAACAAGAAGGUUGGCUGCCAUUAACCAAACCCAGCCUUAGCUGAGACGAUCAGGUUCACCAGGUUCCACCACAGAAUACAUCUCACCUGCAGCGGCGCCCAUUGCAAAGUGUCAGCCUCUGAGCCGAGCAGACAAGCUCCUUCUGGGUUGUCUGGUCCAGUUUGAAGCUGAGUAGAUGGAAUGUAGGACCCGUACCUCUGGGAUGAGGGAGAUGUAAAUGUCUCCCACAUGCAAAGGGUACCCUCCCCCCACUAUUUAGCAUAAGCCCCUGCUUGCCCUCUGCCCAGUGGGAGCAGAGGAGUGAACUUUGGUGGUGGAAACCUGUCACGAUAUUUUAAAAGUAUUGGGGCUGCAUAUUCCCGGAAUAGUUGAUCACACACUUUGAAACCAUAAUCCAAGUCCUAAGGAUUGAUUGAAAGGGAAGGAAGAACAUGAUGACGCCGGUGGGUCUUGAUCUGUCUGCUGGGAAAUGACCCUAUCCCUUGUGUUUGGGGACAGCGAAGGAAAAUGUAAUGGUUUUUCUUGCUAAAAUAGACCCAUUUUCUGAACCUCAGAAGGUGUGGUUGGGUCAGCUGUAGCCCUGAGAUGUGGUUUAAAUGGAUUACUGCCUAGCUGAGCCAAAGCGUUUGCUUGUACCUGUUGGACCACUGCAGCAAACCCUGCUGACAGAGCAUUUGUAUUUCUGUAGUACUGUUUUGCAUUUUCCAUUCAGACACAGAACUGUGCAAGUCAAUCACUGUUGAUUCCCGUGGUACUGUAAUAAGGGAGGGGCAAAAAAAAGAAAAAAAAUAGAAAAGAAAACCAGCCAAUCAUUGUACGUAGAGUUUAAAAUUGUAAUUAAUAGAGCCUCUUUGGAAGAAAAAAAAUAAAACAACUGUUGCCUUUUUUUGUAUAAAAGAGAAUUUAUGACAGAAGUCUAGCUGUGAGGAAUGUGAUAUGUGUCUAUAUUUCUGAAUAUGAACAGAUUGAUUCUUGGGGAUAUACUUUAAUGUAAAUCAGGUAUGUGAAGUUGUUUUAAAGUGGGACAUUCUAUAAGUAAUCGUCACAGCUUUCAUUUGUUAGGGCUGUUGUUUCUCCGUGGAGAGACUGCUCAUGAAUAAUCAGGCAUUCAUUUGCACUCUCUGUUCGCUUAUUUCUUGCCUCACGCUCCCUCUGUGUUGAUGAAAAGCAAUGUGUGGGCCAUUCCUUUUAUAAAACACUAUGCACAUAUAAAUGUUACAUUGUUCAUAGCUUUAUUUGACUUAGGGUUUAUAUAUAACAUUACACUGAGUAGUUAUAGAGUGGACAUUUCUCCAAGUUCUUUCCUUGAAUCAAACACAAUAUACAUGCUAUAGCUACAGGGGCAGGAGGUCUGUGACUGCUACUUGUGUUAUUGGAGUGCUCCCUACAGAUCAUACAUGGAUGAUUGCAUUAAUGCGGAGGAAGACUCUGACUGAGUCCGAAAGCCAGCUUGGAGGUGUUGCUCUGGAGCCUCUGUGACUAGGGUUUGCCUCACUAGUUCUGGCACAGCCUAUGAUGUUAACUGAUGGAUUCAUUCUCUUGAUCAUGGUCUAUGGGUUUAAACAAAAAAAAAAAAAAAGGUUGAUUUUUGGAGUGGGUCCUGAAGUUAGCAUCAUGAUAUCUGUCUCAGUUUAAAAAAUGGUAUAGGGCAUUUAAAGUCAGUGCUACCCAAGUGAGCCUGGCUCAGUAUCUGAGGACUUUUGCUAUGACAAGUUCACCUUAAAUUCAGUACAUCAGAUUUGGUUUGCACUGUAUGGGAAACUGCGUGUGGUAAGCGGAAAUCUAGAAAUCUCUUUAAUCUACUGUAGACUAUAUUGGAAACUGAUUCUUGUGAGCCUUCUUCCCCAACCUUUCACUUACCAUAAGAGUGCUGAUGAGGGUUGAGUAUUUUGUAUGGUUAAAUCAAACAAUUUAAGAUUCCCCAGCCCCCAUGACACAACCAAUGCCUGAAAGAAUGUUUGGGGGGUAGGGGGAGUCAAUAGCGUACUUGGAUUUUUUAAGUUUCUUUUGUGAAAGAUUUUUUAAUGCAUUUUUACUGUAAAAAUACAUGGAAGUGUAUGCAUUCCAUUACCACUGUU